CAAUUAUAUAAAAAAUCAUCCUUUUUUUUAACCCCUCAAAUUGACUAUGACUUUGGCAUCGUCUCCUUCCUAGCAGGUAGCAGGGGCUUGCCCCUUCAUUCAUUCUCAAAUCUUGAAACGCAUUUCCAUGCCUACUUAAACCCACUCAAAAUUCCCAUUUGAAGAAGCACAAAUUUGUUGUUUGUUUUUUCAAGAAAAUGGGUAAUCAGUGCACUAAACCCAACAACCAUAGCCCACGUCGUCCACCAUCUCCGGCGAAACCAGAGAGUGAUGUUUCACCAGAUCUAAGCUCAUACCAGUCAGCAUGUGAAGAAGAUCCAGAACUUGGACGGUUUGAUUCUACUCUUCAAGCAAGAACAUCUUUAGCUCUCAAUUCCAUAGCUGUUAACACGGACUAUAGAUCCCUUUCUCUUGAGUCUUUACGUGAGGUUACUUUAUGCUUCCUAGAUAUGAACCAAGGAGUUGUCAAUUUCAUUCUUGAAAGCAAAAAAGAUAUAUGGAAAGACCCAGAUAUAUUUGAUCUUGUUAAGGAUUAUCUCGAUAGUAGUAUUCACAUUAUGAACUUCUGUGCUUCCCUUGAUGACUGUCUUGAACGUGCACGUAAUAGCCAGUCUAUAAUUCUAGUAGCACUCACAAAGUUUGAGAAUGAGAUCAAUGUAAAUGAAGGGGAUUCAAACCUUCUCUUUUCAGAAACUUUGGAACAAUUGAAGAGUUUUAAGGCGGCUGGUGACCCUUUUACUGCUAAGUUUUUCUCAUCAUUUCACUCAGUCUAUAUGCACCAAAAUGCUCUGUUGACCAAACUCAAGUCGAAAAAGAGUAAACUUGAUAAGAAGUUGAACAGAGUGAAAACAUGGAAGAGAAUGUCUAAUAUAAUUUUUGCUACUGUGUUUGUUUCUGCUAUAAUUUGCUCAAUUGUUGCUGCAGCUGUCACAGCACCACCGAUGGUGACAGCAUUAGCAGCUGCAGCCUCAGUGCCCUUGGGGACAGUGGGGAAAUGGAUCAAUUCCAUGUGGAAGAAGUAUGAGGAUGAGUUGAAGAAGGAGAGGGAUAUAUUGACUUCAAUGCAGGCUUGUAGUUUUGUUGUGAUUCAAGACUUGGAGCAUAUUCGGGUUUUGGCGGAUAAAUUGCAGAUAAUUUUUGAAGGGUUGUUGCAUAGUGCAGAUUUUGCUAUCAGCGGAGCUGAUGCAGUCACGAGUGCAAUGGAAGAGGUCAAGAAGAGUGUGAAUGGAUUUUCAGAAACCAUUGAGGUUUUGAGUCAGCAUGCUAAAAAGUGUAACCAGGAUAUUAGGAUGGCACGAGCUGUGAUCUUGCGCAAGAUUGUCAGUCAACCCAGUAGCUCAAAUCAGGGCUCUGGUAUGUUCUUUGAUUGACCGUAUCCAUCUUGCUGAUUUUUCUUUCAUUCAUAUACCAUGUACCAUUGUAAAAAGUUGGUCCUAACUAUGUUCUGUUGGGUCUGUUGGUUUGAGACUUCUGACCCCUGCAGAAAAUUAAGUUAUAGUCCUCAAUUUGUUAGUCUAUUUCUUUCGACUUUCAGUUAUCAUUGAGUUACUCUAUAUAGUUGAUGACAUAUUACAUUGAAUCUAUGAAAGAAGAAACUUUACGCCAUUAAGAAAUGUAAGAUGCUGUUAUCUAGUUGAUAAUGAGCUGAUUUUGUCCACCUGAUUGGUAAAUAUGAUGCUUUGUCUCUUCUUUCCUUCAUCUUUUUCUUUAAAGGUUAUAAAAGUUGGAAAUAA